AGCAUCUCUGCUAUGCUUCUCCACUUUACUUCUGUGUACACCUGCACCAAUUUGUUGUACGUCCUUCCGUUUCACUUUUCCCCGAAACCGCUUACAGUCCCCACCCCACGCAAUGCAAGUCUCCAACUGCCGCUCGCACCGCCGAUUCGAGCGGGUCUUUCAGAGGCCGGAGAACGAGCUUAAGCGGCAAGCAAGCCGUGUCAAGCGUGCCAGUCUUCGGUUUUUAUGUUUACCACUCUCGAUUUUGCUUAUAGCUGCUCUGCUGCAGCCUCAGGGGUCGGCAGGAGCAGACUCAGCCACCGACCACCCUACUUGCAGCGCUGCAGACAAGCCGGUGAUCGUCAGCAUCACGGAGCCUCGCGCAACGGAAACCGACGAAAACGGAUAUGUAACUUUCAGAUGCGGAGAAGGCGCUUCCCUUAUUCCAACCAAAAACGCAGAUGGUGCAUUCACUGAAUUCUGUAAGGAUUCCGAGUGCGCGAGGACAGCCUCUUUAAGCAACAACAAGCUGACACUUCAAGAGGACAGUGAAGCGAAAACGGACGCACAGCUUAGCACGGCGAAGGGACCACUUUACAAGCUUAGUGCCUCAAAACUUCCAGACAAACCUUUUACUGCCUUCUUCAUUUGCGAGACGAAUGCCAAGGCAGCGCCGCCCUCAAGAGCUCCUACUGGAAGCAGAUGCAAAGUGCAAGUCUCAAUUUAUGGGAAAGAAAAGCUUGUGCUCGACAGCAAAGUUAUGUGUAAUGGAAAGGACGUAGAACAGGUUUCCUUGAGGAUCGACAAGGCCCCUGCAGAGACAGAUUUCCUAUGUGGAAAAGGUGGUGUGUUGUCCCCCAAUAUUCUCGACCAGGUCUUUCAGUUGGUUGAUGGUCAAACCAAAGAAGUAAGCUUGCAUUCUCUCGUUUCCGGCGCUGUUUUGGCCGAGCGAAGGUCUUCCAUCGCUGGAGACUCUGAAGUUUUACCUGCGUACACUCUGUUCGUUUCAAAAUUGCCGGAAGACAAGCCUAAACAACUCAUGUAUACGUGUAGUUCGAAACAGGAAACACAGCCUGAACGAGAGACUCUAGCGGUCCACGAGCCGCCGAAAGCGCAGACUAAACCAUGCAAUGUGGUGAUCGAAAUUGCGCACAAUGCCGAUCCAGAGGAGUCGAGUGGAGAGCCCCGAAAAUAUCUUGCGAGUGCAGUAACUCUCUUUUUCUUCACUUUCGCACUGCUAGCCACUUCUGCGAGCUUGGUGUGA